AUGCGCGGCUUCGCGGUGUCUAUGAGCUUACUCUCAUAUCUCACCACAGCUAUCUCACAAAGUGAUCCACCUGGUGUGUCGUCGCCGAUUGCAUCGACCUGUGGUCCGUCCGACAAGGUCGUGUGCCUGGAUCGCUACGCUUCGGUUCUGCCAUACCACUUCUUUCGAGCUUCUGGCUCUGAUGGCGAGGAAGGCCCUGCGUUCUCAGAGACAUCUGUGCCCAACGACACAUCAUUCGGACUGAUCGCGGACGCCGACUUCAUCGUCUUUGAUCAGAAGCGAGGGCUGGAAGUGCUGGGUGCGAAUCCGACCUACGAGUACGUUUUCGAAGUCUCGGAGGCUGUGCAUGAAGCGCCCGUGUACGUUCCCGCAUUGAAUAAGCUGUUUUUGAGCCAACUUGCACCACCAGCGGGUUACUUGCCACAGCUUGUUGUGGAUCUCAAUCGGGAUUCGCCGACAUUGAGCGAGUACCUCAGUGAUCCACCUGUUUAUGCUCCGAAUGGAGAUACCUUCUACAAUGGCUUGAUAUACUGGGCGGCAUCUGGUGGAAAUCGCUCAAUCGGUGGUACUGAGCAAAGGAUCGGUGUACGAACCCUCGACCCACUUACCAACAAGACAACCACGCUCUUGAACAACUACUACGGCUACUACUUCAACUGCGUCGACGACCUCUUCGUCGACCCCCGCGACGGCUCCAUCUGGUUCACAGACCCCCAAUACUCCUGGUUCAACAGCCUAACCGACACAGCCCCGCAACUAAAAUCCGCCUCCUACCGCUUCGACCCCUCCACCGGCGAAACCACCAUCAUCGAAGACACCCUCUCCCAACCCAACGGCAUCGCCCUCUCCCCCGACGGCAAGCACGUCUACAUCAGCGACACCGGCGCCGUCGCCGGCUCCAUCGUGAUCCAGAACGGCACGCCCUUCAACCAAACCGGUAGUCGCGCAGUGUAUAAAUACGACCGCGUCGACGACGGGAAGCAUCUCAUCAACAAGCGCGCGAUAUACUACGCCAUCGACCAUGUCCCCGAUGGACUGAAGGUCGCGCAGAAUGGGUAUGUAGUCACUGCGACGGGGAGGGGCGUGGAUGUGUUGGAUGCGUUUGGGAGUUUACUGGUGAGGGUGCAGACGAAUUAUACCGUGCAGAAUUUCGCCUGGACGGGGCCGGAUUUGACGGAGUUUUGGGUUAUGGGGCAGGGGGGCAUUUCGAGGGUGAGGUGGGAUUUGAGGGGGCAGGAUCUUGCUGCGCGAGGGGAAGUGGAAGACUCGUACUGA